GAGUCUGCGACAGGGCCCUUGACUUCCUCUCCCCAUCUGGAAACCAGGUCCUGGGGCCUGCCCUGGGCAGUGCGGUCACUCUGAACUGCACAGCCUCGGUGGUCUCUGGGCCCCACUGCCCCCUGCCCUCAGUCCAGUGGCUGAAAGACGGGCUGCCGCUGGGGAAUGGAAGCCACCAUGACCUCCAUGAAGACUCCUGGGUCAAGGCCAACUGGUCAGAGGUGCUUGUGUCCAGUGUCCUGGGGGUCAACCUGACCAGUACUGAGGACUUUGGGACCUUCACCUGCUCCAUCCAGAAUGUCAGCUCCUCCUCCUUCAUUCUCCGGAGAGCUGGUCUGGCUGGACAUGUGGCCACAGUGCUGGCCUCAGUCAUGGUCCUGCUGGCCCUGCUCCUGGCAGCGCUGCUGUAUGUGAAGUGUCGGCUCAAUGUACUGCUGUGGUACCAGGACAAGUAUGGGGAGGUGGAGAUGAAUGACGGAAAGCUCUACGACGCCUACGUCUCCUACAGCGACAGCCCGGAGGACCGGAAGUUCGUGAACUUCAUCCUGAAGCCGCAGCUGGAGCGGCGUCGGGGCUACAAACUCUUUCUGGACGACCGCGACCUCUUGCCGCGCGCAGAGCCGUCCGCCGACCUCCUGGUGAACCUGAGCCGCUGCCGGCGCCUCGUCGUGGUGCUGUCGGACGCCUUCCUGGGCCGGGCCUGGUGCAGCCACAGCUUCCGGGAGGGCCUGUGCCGGCUGCUGGAGCUCACGCGCAGACCCAUCUUCAUCACCUUCGAGGGCCAGCGACGCGAUCCCGCUCAUCCCGCGCUCCGCCUGCUGCGUCAGCACCGCCACCUGGUGACCCUGCUGCUCUGGAGGCCGGGUUCCGUGACACCUUCCUCCGAUUUUUGGAAAGAGCUACAGCUGGCGCUGCCACGGAAGGUGCAGUACAGAGCCAUGGAGGGAGACCCCCAGACCCGGCUGCAGGAUGACAAGGACCCUAUGCUGAUCGUGGGGGGCCGAGGCCCUGAGGGUCGGACCCUGGACCCGGAGCUGGAUCCUGACCCUGAGGGGGACCUGGGUGUGCGAGGGCCCGUCUUUGGGGAGCCAGCAGUUCCAUCACAUGCAAGUGGGGUCUCGCUCGGAGAAGGCCGUGGCAGUGAAGUGGAUGUCUCGGACCUGGGCUCCCGAAACUACAGUGCCCGCACGGAUUUCUAUUGCCUGGUGUCAGAAGAUGACGUGUAG